UAAAAUAAAGUGACCCGAUAAUUAAGAAUUAGUUAACAGCUGAUUUCCAUUACCCAAACAUGGAAACAGUUGUUACAAUUAAUAAUUAUAGUUUGUACCUAAUGCGUGUAAUUUAAGCUGGCUCAUCGUUAUAAAAAAAAAAAACAUUAAACUCGUGGUAUUGUAGAAAAAAGUUCACACUCCUUUCUUAUAUAGCUACACAUUUUUCAAGAGAACAUGACUGUAUUUUUUAAUAUAAAGUUUGUAUUUAUUUUGCUAUGCGCGUUUUACUAUUUCAAACAAAUUAAUGCUCAGGAAAACUUACAUUUUAUCGAUAUAGUUAAAAGUCAUGGUUACCCAACCGAAGUUUAUGAAGUUGAAACGGAGGACGGGUACUUAUUGGACAUUUUCAGAGUACCGUUCGGACGAAAUAGUACAACGAAAGUACCAAACAGGUAUCCAUUACUAUUAGCUCAUGGUCUUAUGGGUUCAGCUGAAAAUUUCAUCAUAGGAGGACCAACCAAAGCUUUAACUUACGUCCUAGCAGACCACGGAUAUGACGUUUGGGCAUUCAACGCACGUGGAACUUGGCAUUCCAGAAAACACCGUACUCUGGAUCCCGAUAUUGACAUGAGAGAGUUUUGGAGAUUCACAUGGCAUGAAAUUGGUUAUUACGAUAUCCCAGCUACGAUUGAUUUUAUUUUAAAUGUAACCAACGCUGCAAAAUUACAUUACAUUGGACACUCUCAGGGAACCACGGUAUUUUUUGUUGCCAUGUCAGAGAGGCCGGAAUAUAAUAGCAAAAUUAACGUUAUGAUUGGUAUGGGUCCUUCUGCGCUUUUGAGUCAUAUUAAGCAACCUUUUCUCAAGUUUAUGGCACCAAUGUUCAAAUAUUUACAGAAUCUUGCAGAAUCCUUGAAAGUUUACGAGAUGAUACCAAAAAAUCUUCUUUCAAAUGACGCAGUAAGGUUAUUAGCUAAUAGUUUUUGCGAUGAAAAACCACCUGCCAGAGCUUUAUGUUCAAAUGCACUAGCCGCCAUGGCAGGAUUCACUGAAGAACAACUUGAUCCGGACACUAUUAACUUUAUAGUAAGUAUUGGACCAGGAGGAGCAUCAGUUUAUCAAGGCUUACAUUAUGCGCAAUUAGUACAAACAGGAAAGUUCAUGAACUAUGACUGGGGACCAAAAGAAAACAAAAAAAGAUACAACUCUUCAACGCCACCGGAAUAUAAUUUUAGCAACAUUAUUUGCCCGAUAUCUUUAAUGUAUGGUAAAGAGGACAUCCUUAUAGCAGAAGAGGAUGUUAUAGAGUUGGCAACUAGACUUCCCAAUGUGAUUGAUGUUUAUAAAGUACCAUACGAGCAUUGGUCCCAUAUGGAUUUUGUAUGGGCGAAAGAUGUGGGAAAAUAUAUCAAUAAACAUAUAUUUAGGGUGUUACGAAAAUUUAACUAGUGAAUUAUUAUGAUAAUAAAGUAACGGUCUUAGUA